AAGUCAUUCCAGGCUGCUCGUCUGGUUUCAGCCGGGGCAGUAAUCUCCCAUCCCGCAGUUUUAUCCCGAGCAUUCGCAGUCUUACAUACGAUUGGACACUCGCAGGCAGUAUGCUAGCUGUGCUCUUCGUCGUGGGGACACUGUGUCCCUUAAACUUUGCAGCAUUAGACAUCAGCUUGCUGGAUCCUCGGUCGGAUGGGGUGCUGACUGCCAUAUUUUCAGAUGCCUUUCUUCUACGUUUUCCUAACUGUACUACUUAUGGGGAUAAGAAGGCUGAAGUGCUGUACCAGAUUUUGAAAACUGAUCAAAACCAAACGGCAUCUUUUACGGUUCCAAACUGCAACGACAAACAGGCUUCGCGGGGUUACCUUCUAAAUAAGCUCCAAAAUGGAACAAGUUACAGCGUAUGGUACAAGAUAGGCGACGAAACAAGCUCGAACUUGACAAAUUCAACUAUACCUGUGACUAAUUUCAGUCAAAUUAAUGACGGUCUGCCGGCCCGCAGCGGAGCCAUGGUGGUCAUCACUGUCAUCCUGGCUGUGGCUAUGGUGGUGCUCCUGGCUGGCCUUAUAUUUCUUAUGUUUUUUUCUGGUUGAUCUUGGCAUAAUGUACUUUAACUCUUUCUAAUAUGAUUUAUUUUAAAAUACAUUUCAGAUAUGUUGAGAAAACUGCAGAAGGGUCAAUAAUUUGCUUUUUAAUGAAAUUAUAGCUACUGUAGAUGUAAUAUAGCGUGCGAUAAAGGAAAUGUUACAAAUAUAGCCUUUAUGUAAAUGCUGACAAAUAAUUUCAAAUCAAAAUAGUGCAUUUGUGAUGUGAUCUUUUAAAUAAAAGUUGUACUUUAAACAUCA